AUUUGCGAUUAGUUUUGCGGAUUUCCAGUGCAGAAAAUAUUUGUAUUGUAUUUGGGUUUGGUGUUAAAUUGAAGGAAACAAUAAUAUGUUGGAUUUUCUUAUCGCACACUGAAUACUGUUGAAUUAAUAUGCGUUAUUUCCAAGUUAAACAAUGGAUUGGUUUGUUGUGUGAGCAGGAAAGUUAGGAUGAGGCGAUGUAUAACUCGCCUGUAAAAUGGUAUACAUAUGCAUACACUUGGAGGAAUCGAUAAAGUGUAAUCCAAUUGCCUAUAAAAAUGUGUAAUUAACUUUGUUGAAUUGGUGCGAAGUGAAGGUGAAAAUAGCAAUAACGUGAUUUGCGGUAGAACUGAACGGAAUAUUACAAAAUGGUUUCGAAAAUAGCAUCUUAUAUGUUUCUUAUUUUGGCAUCUUAUACGAGUGUAAACUUAUGCGUAGAAGUCCAUUUUGAAUCGGCAGAGAGUGGAUUUUUCCUAAAACAUUCACGUCAGCCGCCUAUUGCGCCCGAAAUAUCAAUUCAAACGUCAUCUGCCACUCCAACCAAAGCAAGGACAUCAUAUGAUUCGGUCUUGUCUGUUGAUCGUUUCACGGUGGUUCAGACAACCGAACCCGUAUCUAUCAGAGCUAGCUAUGGUCCAUUUUCAACAAAACAAACAGUUCCAGCGCGUUAUAUUGUUCCGGACAUUUUGGAAAAUCAAAACAAUAGUCUCAAUAACACAACUGCAGCAUUAAUAGAAUUACAGCAAGCUAAUAUGCAUUUGGAUAUAUCAGCCCAUUUGAUAAAAUCAACAAUUUCGCGUGACUCACCAGUAUUACGGGUCCUUUUCCACGCCGGUACAGAUCCAGGUGGACACUUACAAAGACAAAGGAUUUGCGUUCUAUUGCACAUUUCACUGGGCACUCAAGUUCCCUUAAAAGGUCGAUGCAUGCCGGAAGGUGAAGAUAAUGUGUGUGUCGCUGAGGUUAUCAUACCUUCGAUAUGGUGGCCAGGAUAUCCAUCAAUAAUGGGGAGCAGCAACACUUCACAGAAGUUUCCACACAGAGUGAUACAGGCGUCAUACAGCGUAUUUGAACCCUCUCCACGUAACUCUGAACAAUGUGAACCAAAAGUCCAAAUUCAACCCUUGACAACGUUCGCUCAUAUCCCACUUGUUGCUGCUAUGGUACCAUUCAAAGAAAUUCGCAUUGACGACCAACUUACGUUUCUUCUGCCACAAAAUGCAUUGUAUCCUAUGUCAAAAAUUUAUGUACCAGUCGUUUUUCACUCAACACAAGGUUCGACUGUAUCAGCAAUUACUGUACGAGCGCGUGUAAAGUCAGGUGUAAAAAUUUUGGGUGCUACGACAUCGACCGAUUUUUGGAGUAUAUCAAUUGAGAAGGAAAAUCAAAAACAUACUACAGCUAGAGUUACAGCAUUUAGAAAAGAAUCAGAAGUACCUGCUGAGAUUAACAGUGACACGAAAAACUCAAGCUUCGAGAACAGCUCUCUCGAAAUAUUCUCUUGGCUCCUUGAACUUGGCGAUAGUGCAGCAGAUAUAUUGGAUGGUGGAAAAGUAGUUUGGUAUGUUUCUUAUGUGUAUAAGUCCGAAAAAUCGAAAAAUUUGAUUCCGAGCAGUACAGUUGGUGAUGAAUCUAAGAAAAGACUUUCAACAAAACUAGAAAUCAACAAAGAUGACAUUCAAGCAGUAUUACCAAUGGCAAAGAAUUGGGAAUUAAUCAACACUGCUGUUUUAACUGGCCGUCAGGUGGCUCAAGCUAUGAAAGUUUUUAUAGUAUCACAAGCUGGUAAAGUAGCUGAUGUUACGUUACAAAGUUCCUGCUACGCUGAGGAUGAAAGUGUUAUCAAGGUGUCUUCGUCAUGCAGUUCAGUUUAUGUCGACGGCUCUGAAAUAAGGGGAUCAUCUAAUGCUUCAGUUGUUGUAAAAUAUGGAUCGUAUGCUGGAUUGGCAAAAUUUACUGUUUGGAUGCCAGAAUUUCCAUUGGAAGUUUAUGUGUCGGACUUUCGACUUUCACAGAUCAAAGGGUGGAAAGUCGUUGACGACAGCAGUAUUUUGUCAGGUAAACAAAGCCAACGUCGUAAAAAAAGAUCCAACGGAUGGAGUCACUAUAAAAGUGAAGUAGGGAUAGCAGAUAAAGUUGUUUGUAAGGCCCGGUAUCAACAAAGCCCUGUGGAAGUAUAUGCCCGAUUUUUAGCUAUUGAUCAAAACUCUGGACGCAUAAGUUAUUUUAUCUCACGCCGCACUGGUCUGCGUGUUACGGAUUUGGUUCAACCGCUCCUACGUGUAUCCGAUCCGAAAAUUGCUACAUUGAAAGGAAGAAUUCUGCAAGGAAAAUCAAUGGGACGAACCGAUAUACAGGUUCUAUCCCCUAUAACAGGACGCGUGAUAGGGACAAAGGAAAUUCGCGUUGGUAGUGACAAAGUCAGCUUAAAAAAGUUAAUUGUGCGUGUGAUCUCAGGACUACAAUUAACUAUUUCCCCAGACAGUGGUAUUGACAACGGUUAUACAGCAGAAACUUCGGUCACAAAUAAAUUAACUGCGCAAUAUCAGGAAGGAUUGCUAGAUAUUGAUCUACAAUUUUCAGAUGGAUCAAAAACGCCUUUAAGAGACAUCUCGGUGGAAGAUUAUUUCCUGCUGGUCGAGAGUUUAGACACCGAAGUCGUUGCAUUUGCUCCAAUGUUAGCAUCGCAUCACCCGCGUGUCAUCGCAGUUGGGGAAGGAAAUGGAGAUUUGUUGCGUGUAACUUUGCUCUUGUCCGAAGAUUGCCGCAUGCGACGAAGUUUGGCAUCAUCUAAACAUAUGAAGUCCAAUUUUUCCCCCCUAAUAAGUUCCCUGGCGGCUGUUGAGGUUGACUUCAAUAAUUUUGAUAACAGUAACAAACUCGAAUCUAUUCAAAAUGAUGGAAUUGUUGGCAAGGACAGAAAAAGCUUUCGCGACAAUGGGGAUUUAGCUGAUAUCAUUGUAGGUAUUCCUAUGAAAUAUGCACAUCACAAUGACGAGUCUGUUUUGAUGCAAACAAGGCAGAAUCAUGGAAGCACUCAAUCCUUGAAAAACUACCGAAAUAGCAGGUAUCCUUUCCGCAAUAACAUGUCGUCCAUGGAAAUCGGAGUUUAUGUCCUCCUUACUGCUUUUUGCUUUGCGAUCGUCGUUUUUGUCAUUUCAUGUGUUGUAUAUGCGUCGAAAUUCAGACCAAGAGCCAUUGACACUGGUCCUUUAGAAUUGAGCAAAGCUAUCAUCACUCCCAACAUGUUGUCAAAGGAAUUACGUUUCCCGAAGGAAUCUACAACCAAUGUUCACGACUGGGUGUGGUUGGGACGUUCGACAAUGGACAGAUCAUCUCUUAUUAACGAUUCAACGUCAAAUAAUGAUAAUCGAGAUUCACGCAUAAAGAUUACAAAUAAUCCGAUUAACCUUGUGAAAAAUUCCGUUACAUCGUUUGAUGGUCAUCCACGAAAUGCAACUAGGCAGCAACUUAAAAUAACCAGGCCGGAGUGCCAUGAUAGCAACUGCUGCAUUAAGACGAUCGAAUAUAGGCCGCCCGUUCCUCCACAUCGUAAUAUAGGCGUAAGAGCUUUCGUAAGUUUUGUAAGUAUGCCAAGUACGUUUUGAAUUUUUCAAAUAGCUAU